AUGUCUAAUGAUGAUAAUUUUCUGAUCGAAAGUGAUGAUGAACACGAAGCUGAUGAUAAUGAUCUCACUUAAUAAUAAUCUCCUUUAGUCAGAACAUCUUUUACAAACCCAUUACAAUUUAAAAUUAAUUAGCAUUUCAAGGGUGAAAUAAAUGAUGAUGAUGAACAAUAAGUUAUUUUGACAAGAUCAUAAAACUAUUGUGGAGAUGCUAGUGCGCAUAGUUAAAACAGCGAAGACCUCAAAGGAAUUACUCAUACAAAUAAUUCAUCUGAUGAUGAAUAAGAACCCACCAGAAUCACAUAAACCUUCAAUAACCCCUUACACAAAAUCAAAGAAGAAGUUGACGAGAGCUAUGAAAUUAAUAUAAAUAACUCCGAUGAAGAAAUCAUAGUCAAUGAGUUUGCCAAAGCCCAUGAUUUAGUCAUUAAAAAUUGCUCCAUCAAAAUGAUAUACAUCUUUAUAAAUAUAUAAUUCAUUCACUCCAAGAGGCUAGCCUUCCAAAUACUCUAAACCAAAUUAAUUUCAGAAAAAUAACACUAAAUCUAACAAAAAAAGUAAUUGGCCUCUCAUUUAACCAAAUGGAUAUUCAAUCAUCGAGAAAAAAAAAUCAAAGCAACAUAUUUGAAAAAAUGGAAAUUGCAAAAUGCUAAAAAGAAGCUUUAUGAUGAAGCUAAAAAGAGAAAUAUUGAUAAGGCUAAAGAUCUAAGACAAGCAUAAGGAAGUGCAAGUACCUCUAAUGAUACAACUCUUUAAAAUAAAUCUUAAACUUAGGCUGGAGCCAUUAAUAGCACUAAAUUAGCUACAUCAACUUAACCAACUUCAUUAAAUUAAUAAUCAUCGACUUUACCAUAAUAAUAAUCGCCACCUCCACCACCACCACCUCCUCCUCCACCAUUGCCUAAUAGUACUUCAAAUGUUACAGCACCACCUCCACCUCCACCUCCUCCACCGCCUCCAUUACCAAAUUCAUAAGCUCCACCACCGCCUCCUCCUCCUCCUCCUCCACCACCAAUACCAGGUUAAUAGAAUCCUCCUCCUCCUCCUCCUCCUCCAUUACCAGGAUAAUAAGCUCCCCCACCUCCUCCUCCAUUACCAGGAGGUGCCAGACCACCUCCACCACCACCUCCUCCUUUUGGAAAUGCUCCUCCUCCUCCACCUCCUCCUCCAGGUUCUAAAAUACCAGGUCCACCACCUCCUCCAGGAGGACCUAGACCACCUGGACCACCUCCUCCUCCUGGAUAAGCUGGUGGAUGA